AUGAAGAUCCAAGACCGCACCUUCAUCAUCUCUGGCGGCGCAUCCGGCCUCGGCAAGAGCUCCGCCAUCGAAAUCAUCAAGGCUGGCGGCUAUGUCUCUGUCCUCGACUUGUCCGACGAAGAAGACGGCCAGCAGUUGGAAAAGGAGCUGGGCCCGUCCGCAAAGUUCUUCCACUGCAAUGUGACUGAGACCGAGAGCAUCGCAAAGGCCAUCCAGGGCACCGUGGACUGGGUGAAGCAGACAGGAAAGCCUUUGGGCGGUGUCAUCCCAGGAGCAGGCAUUGGCCUUCCAGCAGCUAUCCUUAACCGCAAGGGCCAGGCUCUGAACAUGGACGACGUCGACUUUGUCCUGAGCGUCAACUUUAGAGGCGUGAUUGACCUCGUCCGACAAGCCGCAGUCCAUAUCGCCAAGGUCGAUCCCGAGGGCCCUGACGGAGAGCGCGGCGUCGUCAUCUUGGUCAGCAGCUCGAGUGCCUUCGAUGGUCAGUACGGCCAGGUUGCCUAUGCGGCUACCAAAGGAGCCGUCGCAUCAAUGGCGUUGCCCAUGUCUCGCGAUCUGGCGAGCUGGGGCAUCCGCGUCGUUGCCAUCGCCCCCAGCCUAUUCAACACGAAUUUGACGGCUGGCAUGAGCGACAGAGUUCGGAAAGCCAUAGAAGACACGUUUGUGUUUCCGAACCGAGCCGGCAAUCCGCCCGACUUUUCCAUUUUGGUCAAGCACAUUAUUGAGAAUCCCAUGUUGAACGGAACCGUCAUUCGAUUGGAUGGAGCGUCGAGACUGAGCAAAUUGUAA